CAGACUUGUCGGUACAACGAUACAAAACCGUGUUCGUCCAACCCACAGUCUACAAAGCUCCAUUAAGCUCUCGGAAGUUGUCAAAGAAAGUUAUUCGGGGCUGCCCUCUAAGAAUCGCGCAAGUCCCACACGUACAACGUUUCAAAGCACUUCCGUUUCCUCGGUCUUUCUAGUAAUCACCGCAACGACACCAUGUCGAAAAAAGGAAUGAAAAUGUCGCUCGGCGAGUUUAUUGGAGAUGCCAAAGCCCCCGGUUCCAGUUUGCCGACAGCUCCCAAAGAACGGGCCCCGGACGACGAGGGUCGCUUCCAGCGCCACUCAACGCGUCACGAAGACCGUCCCGAUUACGAACCCAGUCGGUCAGAAUCGGACAAUAGCUGGCGUCGAGGAGGCGGCGGACCGUCAGCAGGAGAUCGCGGUGGUGCUCGUGGUGGCUUUGGAGAUCGAGGAGGUGAUCGUGGUGGCUUUGGAGAUCGAGGUGGCGAUCGUGGAGGGUACGGUGAUCGAGGUGGUGAUCGUGGAGGCUACGGGGAUCGAGGCGGCGGUUCUGGAGAUCGCUACGGAGACCGAGGUGGUGAUCGAGGAGGCUAUGGGGAUCGAGGUGGUGAUCGUGGAGGCUACGGAGACCGAGGUGGUGAUCGAGGAGGCUACGGGGAUCGAGGUGGUGAUCGUGGAGGCUACGGUGACCGAGGCGGCGGUUCAGGAGAUCGCUACGGGGACCGAGAAGAGCGCGGAGGCGACAACUGGCGUGGAGGGGGCGGUGGAGACCGGGGAGCUUUGCGCAAUGAACGUUACGGAGACCGAGGUGACAGUGACAGCGAGCGUCUUGGAGGAGGUUGGCGUGGAGGAAAUAGCGGGUCUCGCUUGAGCAAUCGAGAUGAGGCCGUGCCUCCCCCAUCUACCGGGGAACGUCCCCGACUUCAGCUUAAGGCUCGUACUUCUCCUCUUCCCAUCGUGGCAAGUCCAACGGGCGCAAACCCUAGGCCUGUCAAAACCGCUUCUAUCACCGAAACUAAGUCUGUAGCCGAAAUGUCUGACACGCUAGCCAAUGUCGACAUACAAGACACGCCUACGCCAGAGAAAAUCGAGCCCGACGAGAAGCCUGAAGUAUCCACCGAAACACAGGAAGAAAAUAAAGGACGCGAAGAAAAGCAAGAAAUGAGACGCCGUGAACCCAAAACAGUCAACUCUCGAGCUGCUGCUUUUGGGCUUGCACCCGAUGCGCGACGUGGGACGGAUAGUCGUCGAGAACGCACUCCUCCUCCUCCGGUAGCAAAUUCUCGUUUUGCUCAGUUAGCUGACGAAGAGCGCGAGAAAAAUAGAGAUUUUCGUCGUCAAGGUCCACCGCCGACGACCAACUCUCGAUUUGCAGCAGCUGCGGAAGCUGACCGCUCCUAUCGUGAAGAUCGUGAGGUGGAACAAGGGCCGCCGCCACAAAAGACAAACACACGAUUUGCUGCAGCGGCUGCCAUGGCUGAAGAAGAGGAACGAGAUCGCCAGGAGCGACGCGCAGAACGGGAUUCCUUCUUUAACCGCGACAGAGAACAGGAUGAUCGUAGAGGGCCGGCCCCGCAGCAAAACUCUCGUUUUGCUGCGGCAGCAGCAAUGGAUGAAGACUAUGUUGACCGAGAAGAGCGCCAACGGCGCACUGAAGAGCGAGAUUUGGACCGUCAAAAUGGCGGUGGCGGUCGAUCCGGCUAUGAAGAGCGCGGUCAUGGCUUCCGAAGUGAUGAUCGCGGCCCGAAACAAGAUGUAGGCAAUCAUGACAACCACUUUUCGCAGCGUCAGGAAGAAAAGAAAUCUUCCGUAGCUGACCAGUUUAAACCAAAAGCACCACCGGUGGAGGACAAUAUCUUAAAGGUACCCAUGAAGGAGCUGGCCCCCCAGCAUGCUGACAAUGUUCUUCAGUUUCCAACCAAGCCAAAGACUGAAGAUAAUAUCAAAAUGAAGCCUGAGGCGAUGCCGGUCCUUGCAGAACCGGAGCCACAGGUACCUUCCCUUUCGGAUGCGGAUACUGAGAAACUCUUGAAAACAUUUACAAGCGGAAAUAAGCAGGGAGAAGAGCUGAAGGAAUGGAUAGAAGAGCAGAGAGCCGUACUACCGUCUGUUGAGCAGCUUGUAUUUCACUUUUUGACGGAACACGAGAAACUGAAUCCUGACCCUGACUGCGGCUGGGCAGAGCCUGACAAGUUCGGCUUGGCAUUUGUGGCAUUGGUAGAGGACGAUAUUGUCAACCAGAUGCAGUUACUGUGGGGCAUCCAAUUCUACUGCGACAAGCUCGGCUUUCCCAAGCUCAAUGACGAGUAUGUGAUCCAAUCAAUGUUUCGCGCCGCGUACAAGUAUGAUCUCGCCGAAGAUGACGCCUAUUUUGAGUGGAAAGAGGAUGAAUCAGAGGAGCAUGAAAGAGGAAAAAUGAAGGCCAUCAUUCAAACUGUGGAUUGGUUUAACUGGUUAGAACAAGAUGAAGAGGAGGGGUCAGAAAACGACGACGAGUAGAUAUGCUCCAUAAUAAUCUUCGUAUGAAUAAUGCUAACUGUAAUUCAUUUCAUUCCCGUUC